GUAAUUAAAACAAUUCUCAGAACAAUAACGGUGAUGAAAAACGGGGAACGAUCGUUCACGGAAGAUAAUAUACGGUUCGUUUCGGUAUUUCAAGCCCUUCAGCGAUGUUUCAAAGCGGUGUCUGAUACCGAACGCGACUCUAUGCGCGCAAACUUAAUUAACUCGACGCGUCUACAGGUAUCGAGCCUACGCUUUUCUUUCUCGAGAUAUACCACCGUGAGAGAACUACGAGUCUGAGCGUUUGCCUCUCUUGUGUACUACGUAAUAACCACGAUCCGGUAGGUUUCAGUGGUUCUCGCCUGAGAUUUUUCAGUUCCGGAAGUACAUCGACCCCGGGACAUAGCUCGUCCCCUGAUCUGGUCACGAACAUUUCAAAUUGGUCGUAGAAAUACCGCCUGCGGCCGAAGAAUUUAUAUCCAACCGGCUUGGGGGGAACACCUUGAAGAUUCUUGUCGAACAAAGUCGAAUCACCAGCUCGAAACGCGUGAACGUUAUAAUGGUGUUAGCAGCUUGUUUCCGGAUGAACGAACGCCCGAUUUGGAGCUGCUCGAUUCAAACGAGUCGUUCCUUCGAUGCUGCUUGUUAUUGUGUACAAGAUAUAUAUUGGCCGGUACUUUCAAUUUUUAUAUGCAACCUGGGAAUAAGGAAUGUACCUGCACAGUAUGAGACAAUUCUGUUUGCGGAAAGAAGCAACCGAUGCUGUCCGUUAGACAACGUUCAACACGAUCCAAUAGAUCGAGCUGUGUGCUCGACGAUCCAGGCUGUUCCUCGUCGAACGAGUUCGAUCGAUCGGUCAUGCUUAACCGAUCGUAUAAUCGAUCGUGAGACAGUCAGGAGGCGAGCGUAUCAUCAGAAGUGGGGCUCCUUGCAUCCGGAAGUAUCGGAUCGACGUCUCGAUCCGAGAAGUAACGAGUUCUUGAAAUUGACCAUUGAUUUACUGACCGCUCGUAUACGCCGCUUGUUUGAUCGAACACCACUGGAAGAUUCCUUUUCAAACACUUUGACGAAAUAA